AUGUCAUCUUUCUUAUCGUCACCAUCACCCACUUUACCGCUCUUACCUCCUUACCUGCUUUCUUUGCUACAGCAAGCUUCCCUAUGGCCACCUAUUCUGAUUCCAGCACCGGCUCGAAAAUCCACAAAAAUAUGCAAAUGCAUCGGUAAGAGUUUGGAAUCAGCCAGAACUCAAAGUGUCGUCAAAAAACCACAGAAAAAAAAGAAAGCACGGACAACAUUCACUGGCCGACAAAUUUUUGAACUUGAGAAACAAUUUGAGAAGAAGAAGUACUUAUCAUCCAGUGAACGGGGUGAACUCGCCAAAUUACUUUGUGUAACCGAAACGCAGGUGAAGAUCUGGUUUCAAAAUCGACGAACGAAAUGGAAGAGAGGUGAAAUAGUGAAAAAUGCGACAAUGGAAGAUUGUAAUUUAGAACAAAAGUCAGCAACAUGA